CGAAUUUUUCCGCCAGGGUUCCCGCGUUCCGAAAUAUCGUCUGUUGGGUUUCGGGUCGUUCGGUUAUUGAUUUCGGAGCAAGAUGGCCGACGAAUCUGUCGAAAUCGAAGAAAAGAAAGUUUGUAUUUUUGCCAAAAGAAACGUAAGAAACCAAAAUUCGCGAAAGAGGAGAGCGCAGAAAGAAGAAACGAGUAGUAGCGAAGAUGAAACUGUAAUAGUCAGAAAGGAUAAGAAGCUUGGCCCUACUAAUCCUAUGAUACAAGGAACUAAAUCCAAAAAAGAAAAGAACAAUAUUGAAUAUAGCAGCGACAGUGACGAAGCACCUGUUAGUUUAUCAUACAAAUCUAAAAAAUCUGCAGUAAGUUAUUUAUUAAAUAAUAGUUUGCCAUUUGUAUUUACCAACAAAUAACUAUCUUAGUAAAAAUUGUAUGUUAAAAUUAUUUUAUUAUUAGUUUAUUGAGUAUAUAAUUUUUUCUAUAAGUGUGAGGCCAGCCGAUUAGGGGUGAGGUGUUUUCGACAGUUCGGUCGGUCCUUGGGUGUUUCGCACGUCGGACGCAGAGAACGAUGUCCCCGGAGCACGCACCAGCACUUGUCGCGAUGUCCUCGGUUAACGAGUCGAACCUCGGCGAUUCUGGACAGAACGGGUUGUCGAAACCAGCUCCUAGGGCGUCGAAAGAGCCUUCGUUGUGUCUCUGUCGUGAGCACCAAAUCCCAGCAGGGUAGCGCUACGCACCAAAACCCAAGACUCCGUAAAGUUCCCGAAAACGCGGUUUUAUCAAUUUUUCCACCGCGGUCGCCUCUCCAUUGGUCUCUCCUCGUCACAUGGUGACAAUUCGAAACUCCAGGAAGGGCGCGGGAGAGUUCAACGUCGCGUCGGAACACGACUCCUCUCCAACCUCGUUUUCCUCGACUUUACUCUAUCUAUUGUUUAAAAUCUUUUAACAAGACAAAAGGUUCAUUGUUUAAAUCCGAUCUUUAAGUUCGCUCUUUCGCACUACGAAAAUUGACUCUUUUAAAAAGUCGUUAUUGGCCUGCUUUCGGACCCCGUUUGGGUCCUCACAUAAGUGUGAAAAUUUUUAAAGAAGAAUUAUUUUUUUAGAUCAAAGAUUUUUUUAAUGGAAAUUUUGAAUUAGUGAAUAAGAAAAGUCUGAGCACCAAAUUAACUGCUGGAUCUUCUAUCAGCUGUAUUAAGUUAAUUAAUAAUCAGAUACAAAGCAGUUUGGCUAGAGGAAGUUGUGCGGUUUGUAUUUCAUCCAAAAAUUUAUUGGACAAACAUACAUAUAGGCUUGUUUAGGAAGCC